AUGGCACCUAUCAAAGGCCCCUCCAAGGGCUCCUCCAAAGGCUCGUCCAAAAGCUCCUCCAAAGGCAAACCUCUCUCGUCGACCGGCAGCAAAAUAAGCAAAUCCAGCAGCGCAAAGCGAAACAACGUCAAGCGCCCGCCUCCCAAGGAAGUCAAAUCCCAGUCACGCAGCGCGCCGGACCGACAAAAGAAAACCAAGACUAGAGAAUACACCGAAAAGGAACUGGGGUUGCCGACUUUGAAUAUGAUCACGCCGGUUGGAGUGCAAGCUCCGCGGGGUAAGAAGAAGGGGAAGGUCUUUGUGGAUGAUCAGGAGAGCAUGGCGACAAUUCUUGCAAUUGUUAAUGCAGAGAAAGAGGGCCAGAUCGAGUCGAAGAUGAUCAAGGCUCGCCAGAUGGAAGAAAUCCGGGAAGCCAAGAAGAAAGAGACAGAGGCUAGAGCCGACAAGAAAAAGUCAAAACUGGAGGACGUCAAGGACGAACUGCGCAAUAAGAAGAAAGGAGGCCGAACCGAUAAAUCGUCUUCUGCUCCCAAAGACAGCGCCAAAGAUAAAGAGUCUACGUCGAAAUACAAAGGGAAACGAAAGAGCGUGUCUUUUGCUUGA